AUGCAGUCACUCGUUACCGCCUACCAAAAUGCCGCGGCUACGUGGCGUCAGCUCCCUCGAGAUAAGUCCGUCUUGGACGUGGAGCAGCGCAGUCGUGAACUGCUCGUGCUGUGGAUUGCGUUCUGUCUCGUUCACAAAAGUUGUGUUGUCGACGUGCCGCUGUGUGCCGAAUACAACAUUGCGCUGGACUGGAAGGACCUCAAGGUGGCGGUUCUGAGCGAGCGAGCUGCCAUCUCCGCGCUACAAAACGUUGCCGAGUACAGUCGCGGGUGGAAUGACCGCACCAAGGGGCUCCAGCUCUUUCACAUGAUGAACCAAGGCCCCACGUUUGGGUUCGCGCGAAGGUUUGGACUGGACAGCAGCGCGAUGGUCGCUGCCUACAACCGCGAGGUUGAGAACUGGGAAGUCCACGUUCAAAAGGGGUGGGGCAAAGUCGAGCGGAAGAAGAGGGACGCGGCCGAGAUCCGUGCAACGAUUGCUCGUCUGCAAGAGGAGCUCGUGUCCAAAAACCGCGAGCUCGCGGACGAAAACAACCGCAUGCAGUCGCUGAAGAGGACGCUCGAGGCUCCUCAGCUACUAACCCGGCCGCUUCCUGCAGCGAAAGACGACGCCAUCCAAGUCAUUUUCAUGCUGACAAUGCCCCGGAAGCUGGAGAUUUUGGGCAACCUGUGUCUUACCGCACAGCGAGCGCUUGGCCCAGCGGAGGCUACGACCACAAUGAAAGCACUGCCCCAGUUGAUCCCCACAACCUGGCAGCAGUUUUACUAUGGGUAUGCACCGAUUCGAGCGAUUUCUGUGACGACAACGCUGUUCACAACGAUUCCAGGCAGCUUCUACCUUCCUGGAUACGACGGGCCAAGGACUGUAGACAGCUUGGAGACCAUAUCGCAGUACAAAGCUCAAUGCGUCGUGAACCCGAUACUACGCGGUACGUCGUUAACGUGGAAGGACUCAAGGAGAGAGGUCCUCAACCCGUUCAACGUCGCUCCGACAAGCGCGAUCAACAGCUUCAUCGAGAGACUCCCGGAGCCAUUCCCACACUUCCAGUGGAUGAACGCGUGGCCUGGCGGAGACGAUACGAGAGGGAAUAUCGUCUACGCGAAAGCUCGCCAGCAGCCGGAAGUCUUUGAGAAGGCGGCGUUCCUAGCGCUGGGAUCUCUGCGCGCGUUUCCGAACCAACAGUUCCGCAAAUUCCAAUGGGCUCUGCUUGACGACGUCUUGCCGUGGUCGCACACGUGUGUGGGGACGAUCGUGCGGCAAGCGCUCUACCAAGUUGGCGACCUCACAGACGAAGCCGAGCCGAGACUGCUCUGGAAGACGGACAUGCUGCGAGGUGACGAGGGUUUGAAGACAUUUUGCGCCACGCUGGAGACGAUCGCAGUUAAAUUAGAGCAAACCCCUCGUUCUUUUGAGAAUGUCCCGCUGCUGAGUGAGUUGGCGGGGUAUGCGCAUCAGUUUACGACGGGGGCGAAUCAUGUUGUGAAGUUAUUUGCAAGAACGGCGAGGCGGUGGGCUGAAGAUUUGCGUUUGAAAGACGAGGGCGAGUGCUCACGAGACCGAGUCACCGCAGUGCGUCAGAAGGAGUGCAUUCUGUAUGGAUACGCUCUGCUGGCGUUCAAGCUUGGCCCGCUGGAUGAUGAGGCAGUUCAGGAAGUCUGCGAGUUGGUUGUGCUGUUUCACACUUCCUUCUUGUGUGCAAACAUCAGCACCCCCUCUACGGAAGAAAUGGUUCGCAUUGAGAGCAAGGUUACCGAGAUGAUGACUCGCCGGAUGGCGGAGAUCAUCGCGUACGUGGAGAGACGAGGUACAGAUGCUGUGCUCACAGCUUUGCUGAAUUUGGUGAGUGCGACGUCGCCCAGUCAGCUGGAGUGGAAGCGAGUUGAUCAGUUUUCAGAGAAUGGCUGCCAGUUUGGAAGUUGUUUUGAAACUUCAGACUCCCGCUACGCGAUUAAUUUGUUCUCGGGCAUCGUUCUGACGGAUGGCAACGCUCCUGGCGGACUUCCAUCCAACAUUCGAGAGCACGAGCGCUUCCAGAGCCUAUUCGGGCAAUGCAACUUCGAGGUGAUAACUGUUGGCGGUACCUUCCAGACUGAAAGUAAGCACUGCGAGCGGUUGUACGAGUUUGAGCUGCAGGACGAUGACGAGUUACUCGUCCAGGAGAUCGAUGUGGACUCGGCGCGCGAUGUCAUCAGUACCCUGCAGUUGUGCUCUGCCAGCUGGAUCGCAGCGUUUAGUAAGCUGUUUCCAGCUAGACUUCGUGAAUUGUAUUCGCAUUGGUACUGGGUCGAGCGGAAGUGCGUGCUUUUCAGACCCAAGCAGGCCCAGUGCCGUAAUGUGUAUUUUGUGGCUACAUUCAAUGAUACUGGCGCGUUACAGUGCUACCAAGUGCCGUUGAGCGACACCACGCUCUCGUACGAAUCCAUUUUGGCCAACCUUGACGGCUACGAUCGGUUCGUUAUGAAAGAAGAAUCCCUUCUCAGCGUAUUGAAAGUGUUAGCAAAAUUCGAGGAUGAAGAGUUCCUGCACCCGCUCAAGUCGUCCAACGGUGUGCUGAAGGUCGAACUUCCAAGAUUCAAGCUGAGCUUUUGUCUGAAUGAGGAGAUGGAGCUUGAGUCCGUGGAGCACAAGGGGUACAAGUUGGCCACAAGCCAGCAGUUCGAUGACUUCCUACCCCGAUUCAGUCGGUAUCUGGUGCUGGAGCUGCAAGACAAAUCCGACACGUCACGACCGGAGGUGCGCAUGCUGCUACCAGUUGGACCAGUGGUUGAAACUCCUCAAGGCCUCGUUGAUAUCAGUGUUCCCAGUGAAGCAGACAGCCUUGUGGGUGUGGUUUGCUACGACGUUCACCGCCGCCUGAGGACGUUUGAAACCGAGACGAUUGGCGCGAGACUGCAGUUGGCCGCGGUUUGUGUUCGAGCUGGGACGAAUGUACCGAGCAAGCGGCUGCAGAUGACGGGAGCAGAGGCAGCGCUGCAAAUGCUACGAGGCUGUCGCUCCAGCCAGCCAUAUUCCGUGUUCGAGAGGGAAACUUUGGAGACCAUUUGCAAACUCAGUUACCGCGAGCCAGCGGUGAAGAUUCUAGCAGUAGCCUUGCUUUCAGAGGCCUAUCGACUAGUGUUUCUCUUUGGGCGGACGCAAACGAGCGACUUAUCCAUGAACUGUGUCGAUGAACAAACCGACUACAGCGAUAUGUGUGCUGGACGCGUCGCGCGGAAUCUGUUGCGCGCGAAGUUCCGAAGUGAUGAGGAGAAGCAGAUUCUCGGAUACGCGCAAGAAGCACCGCCCCUGCCCCUGCGCAACCACAAUACCGACGCUAUGGGCAAAGGGAUGCUGGACGAACUCGAACUAAGCUGGAAUAGCUACCACGCCCAGCCCCAACUGCAGCUCCAGGUCUCCCCAGAUGCGCUUCUCGGUUCAUUGACGACGUUGCUGGCUGAUGUUUCGUCUCGCCGAUCUGAGAUGGAGAAUUAUCUGUGGGGUGCGUUUGCUAAGGCUACGAGUGGCAAACGCGAUCGCCUUCUGGCUCUAGUCAACUAUUUGCCUUUGCUGACUGUAAGCGACAUCAUUCGGUGCGCUUUCGACGAUGAAGCUCUGUACGCGGUGACUUUAAGGCUGCAUGAACAAGCGAGGGAGGAAUUCAAGAAGGGGGUUCUCCUCUAUAUGGAAAUUUGCGUGCUGGAAGACAAACUGGAGCGACUGAUCUGGAAGGCGCGAGGUAGUGGAGAGCUGUCAAACACUCAACUGAUAGACGAGCUCGUCAAUGUGCGUGAGUGGCAGUCGACGGAGUUCCCGUACUGGCUCGCGUUCGAGGUGGAAGGGAGGCUCCAGAUCCGUCAUGAACAGUAUAUCACCGCACAGCACCUGAUCAACCGGCCGGGGACGGUGUGUCAGCUGAAUAUGGGUCGAGGCAAGACCCGCGUGAUCCUGCCCAUGCUGUUCCUGCACCUCACGCGAAGCCGUUGCCCGCGCGUGGUGCGCGCCCACUUCUUGGGCCCAUUACUGAGUGAAGCUCGCCACUUUAUGCAUCGCUUCUUGUCGGCCUCGAGCGCUCAGAUGUGUAUCUCGGAGCAGCCUUUCCACCGCCAAAUGGACUUGGACGAGCGUAGCCUCGAGCUCAUGCGAGAUUCCCUGCAGGAGCUGCGAUUGUUUGGGGGCAUUCAAGUGGUGUCGCCCGCUCAUCGCAUGUCCCUGGAGCUGAAGCGUCUGGAAGUGGGCAACGACGAAUCUCUCGCGAAAGCGCUGGACGAGAUUCUCGACAACGAUCAGUUUGUGGACGUUUUGGACGAGUGCGACGCUCUACUGCACCACAAGUACCAUUUGAUCUACGCGGUGGGGACUCCGAUUCCACUUUGCAGUGGAACUGAGCGGUGGACAGUAGCUGAAGCCUUACUGCGCGUCGUAGCCGACAAAUCGCCUCGCUCUCGAGUCGCUAGAAUCCUUCGAGCUUCUCACGUCGCCUGCUCGUCGCCAGACUACGCGACGCGCUUCGGCGCAUUUGAAGGAACCCGACUGAACGUUGUCGUGGAAAGCACUGAGCCACUGCGAGAAGAACUGAAGAGGGCGUUGGUGCUGGACCUGGUCGACAACGCCCCGUUCGAGCUGAUGUGGCUGAGUACUCUGGGGGGUAUGAAUCUCCGUGGCCCGCUGCUCACUGCACUUACCAACUCCGAUGUGAGUUUGCAAGACGCCCUGGGAGACGGUGUUAGCAGAUUCUUACCGUACCUAAGUCAACUACUCGCAUUGCGAGGGCUCGUAGCGUUCGGUGUACUUGAACACUGCAUGGAGCAGCGCUAUCGAGUGGACUUCGGACUCCCCUUUCCUGGCUCACGGUCGAAGAAGAUCGCAAUCCCCUUCCGAGCGGCGGAUGUUCCUUCCGAGCGAUCGGAGUUCAGCCACCCCGACGUGUGUAUCGUGCUCACCUUGCUGGGCUAUUACCACAGCGGGCUCACGGACAAGGAAGUUGGAAUCACGUUCCGGAUGCUGCUGCGCUUGGACAUAUCGGAGCAACGCCAAAAGUACAGCCAGUGGUUCGCUAGUAUCGAAGGUGGUUUGAGCGCGGAGAAACAAAAGGCCUUGUGCGACGUGCGCCAUGUCAGUCUUAGUGACGCCAGGCAGUUCGGAACACUCUGCAGGGUCUACAAGUUCUGCAUGGAGGCCAUCAACUUUUAUCUGAACACGUGCGUGUUCGCGAGGGAUACGCAGCAAUAUCCACAACGACUCUCGCGAACGGCCUGGAACCUCGCGGCUGGAGACAACAACAUCGGUUUUUCGGGCACGAACGACAACCACCGCCUGCUCCCGCUUUCAGUGAUGCAGCGAGAGCCGAACGAAUCGGGCACAAAUGGCAAAAUGGUCGACAAGAUCGUGAGCGUGACAGAAGGGUACGAGGUGAUCCGUCCGAGGUCUCACAGUUUUCCGGUUCCGUGGCAGACGGUUCUCCGAUGCUGUAUGGAGAAACAUGUCCAGGCGCUCAUUGACACCGGCGCGUUGCUGGCUGGCGUGGCAAACCAUGACGCGGCUGAAUUCCUCCUCUUACAACCAGAUUUUGAGUUUCAGGGCGUGACGUACUACGACAGUCGCGAGGCGUUCAACUGCUGGGUGGUUGUGGAGAAGCAUCGACGCCUUGUGACGCCGCUGAAGAGCGCGUCGAUGCACGAGAAGGAGACGUUCGUGAUCUUCGACGAGGCGCGAUCGCGAGGAUCCGACAUGAAAUUGCCUCACGAAGCCUCGGCCUUGCUGACUCUGGGCCCGAAGCUCACGAAGGACAAACUGAUGCAAGGUGCGGGUCGGAUGCGGCAGCUCGGAUGCAGCCAAACGCUGUGGAUCGCGAGCUUCGAUGAGGUAGCGCAGAGUGUUCUGCAAAGUAGCGACAAGAGUGAAGUCUCGGGCUUGACUGCUGUCGACGUGCUGAACUGGGUCGUGGACAACACGAAAGCGGAGUCUGUACGUGGAUUACUGGAGUGGGCCGGCAACGGCAUUCACUUCCGCAAGACGCAGCUGGACCCAACCACUGAGUUGAUUGAUGAGAAUUGGUCGCUGGAAUUCUUGUACGAAGGAAACCUCAAGCCCGUCAAGCUUUCGCACGCCAUUGAGACCAAGGUCCGGGGGCUGGACGAUGCGCUGAUUGCUCGAAUCUGUGAACGAGGCGCCAAAUACGGACUGGACGACGAAGUGUACGUGAGCUUGCACACGGACGAGUGCGAGCGCGAGCUGCAGGUGGAGGAGGAGGUCCAACAGGAGCAAGAGACUGAAUUGGCAGACUGUAAGCCUGCGAAAGAGAAGACUUGGGACUACAGGAGGAUCUUCAGCGCUCGAUCUAUCGACGAUCUCAAGAGGGUCGUCAAAGUAUCGGACGUGGAGAGCUUCCUUCGUCGGUGGAUCUCGCCUAAGAACCUGGCAGGUCUCUCCUGGAAAGCUGCCCGGAUCUUUGGAACGGAAAAGUUCUUCACGACGACCACGAUUCGAUCGGGUGUCGACCGUAUGAACGAGUUCCUGCGAGUAAUUGACGUUGUGCUGGUAUUCGACAGUGGGGAGGUGUUGUUGGUGUCCGAGCGUGAAGCGGACCACAUCCUGGAGUUGCUUUGGUCGAAUUCAACUGCGUGCAGCUUCCGCUUCUUGAACUUCGCCUUUGCGUGUGAAGCAAUUGAUCGUGUCGGUGUGGGCACCAAGUUUCAAGAUGUGCGGCUGGUGCUUGGCUCUCGUCUGGAUUGUGCUCUCCCCCUGCUAUCAACGGUAGGCUGCCACCUUUUCAACGGGGAGACGAUGCUUGCCAGGCGCCAGGAAGCUGUGGUGGAGCCUGCAUUCCGUGAGUUACUUCGUCCACCAGUGCAGCGAGAGGCGACUCUGAGCAACUUUGUCAAGUCACGAGGACGUGGCCACAAGUGGGCGCGCUCGUUCCUGCAUGAACUCUGCUGCCGCAUGGACCUGGAGGAGAGCAGCCGCUGA